AUGAAGACAGUCCAGCUUUGCCUCUUACUGUGGUUCUGGAGAGUAAUCUGCUGCCAUAGCUGCGGGCUGACCAACAUCACCAUCUCAGUCGAGAAGGAAGAGUGCCGUUUCUGCAUUAGCAUCAACACCACUUGGUGUGCUGGCUACUGCUAUACCAGGGAUCUGGUCUAUAAGGACCCAGCCAGACCCAACACUCAGAAAGUAUGCACCUUCAAGGAGCUGGUGUAUGAGACCGUGAGACUACCCGGCUGUGCCCAUCACUCAGACUCACUCUACACAUACCCAGUAGCCACUGAAUGCCACUGUAGUAGGUGUGACAGUGACAGUACUGACUGCACUGUGAGAGGCCUGGGGCCCAGCUACUGCACCUUCAGUGACAUGAAGGACUAA